AUGGCUGAUAUCAGACAAGCAACAAUGUUUGAUAUACCAGCAAUUCAAGCUUUGGAAUUCCAAUGUUUCCCGGAGGAAGACCCUUGGGAUUAUUUUCUCUAUGAAGAAUAUAUAUUUUUUUGGCCACGACUUGUUUAUGUCGCAGAAGUCGCAGAAGACCAUAAUACCGGUUCCAUUGUUGGAUUUGUUGUUGCUCAGACGGAAGGACAAGGUAUUGAAACUCAGGGUUAUAUUGCCAAUUUAGGUGUUCUUCCUACUCAUCGGAAACUAGGAAUUGCAGAGAAACUCAUGAAUGCUGCUCACAACGCGUUGGUACAAGAAUAUGAGUGUGAUUAUGUUUCUCUUCACGUUCGUACAACUAAUCAAGCUGCAAUUAAUCUUUAUACUGAAAAAUUAGGAUAUAAUUAUGAGAGUGUAAUUAAUUAUUAUGAGGAUGGGGGAGAUGCUUAUGUUAUGAGGAAACAACUUCAAGGAAAACAAGCAGAUCAUCUUGGGCACAGAUUAUUCAUGGCGGUGGCCGGCCGGAUUCGUCUGUUGUUACAGAACUGUUGUUGA